AUGACCACUUCGAAAAAAGACAUAAAAAAGACACAGAGUGCAGGUAUGUACGAAAAGGCGAAACGUCUGCACCAGCAGGUUUCACACCUUACAGAAAAGCAUCAGAGGCGGCAAGCUCAAUGGUUGGAAGUUCAGGACCAUAUUCUCCAACACAAAGCUUUCACCGAAGAGCACGUCGUUGACAUGGGCGACAAAAUUUGUUACUGUAAAUUCAAAGAACCUAAACUAGCUUCAGUCUCUCUAGAAGCGAAAGAUGGAAGUAUCACUGGCAGUAUAAAAACUGAAAAUGUUCAAGCUGCAAAAUUAGAAGAACAAGCUAAAGUAAAUACAACCAACGGUAGUAAGAAGCCAGAAAAGGAGAAAUCAGAAUUUUCUCCAUUUUCAUCCACUUCUGGAGACCACAGUUCUGUAAGGACCAGUGCUGGAAAACCACACACACAGUCAGUUACAGCCUCUGUUCAUUCAUCUGAUUUCAACUCAGAGGAGACAGGUGACAUUAAACUAACAUCAGUAAGUCUCACACAAAGUUCUACGGCUAAACACAGCCAGGAAAUUCCCACACAGGGAACAUCGUGGCUCAUCCAAAAACUAUCAAGGCGUCCACCUAAGGGAGAAGUACAGGUAGCUCCAGGUCCAUCAGGAAACAGUCACGAAUAUCCAAUUCAUGUAGAAGGUACAGGAAGUGUUCCUCAUCAGAACAAACAAACUCCAGCAACUGGACAUGACGGUACUUCCUCUGCCUUACAAGCAUCUUCCUUAACUACAGGAAGGGCACCAAGUCAGAAUGCACAGAGUUCGACGAAUGCACAUGCUGAAACUUCCUCUGCAGUACCCUCAUCUGCCUCGACUUAUGGUAAUGUACCAAGCCAGAUUGCACAAAGUUUGGUAAAUGCACAUGUUCCAACAUUCUCUGCAACACCACCAUCACCCUGGACUACAGGAGGUGUAACAAGUCAGAAUGCCUACAGUUUGGCAAAUGCACAUGCUGAAACUUCUUCUGCAAUACCACAAUUUUCCUGGAUUACAGGAGGUGUAUCUGAUCAGAAAGAACGUAGUUCCACAAAUGCACAAGCUGAAGCUACUUAUGCUCCACUACAGUCCCCAUGGACUACCGGAAGUGUACCAAGUCAGAAUGCACACACAUCAGCAAGUGCACAAGCUGAAACAUCUGUGACAAUACCACCAUCUCCCUGGCCUACAGGAAGUGUACAAAGUCAGAACGCACAGACAAUGGCAAAUGCACAACCUGAAACAUCCUCUGCAAUAACACAAUCCCCACGUACUACAGGAGGUCUACAAAGUGAGAAGGCAUACAGUUCAGCAAAUGCACAUGCUGAAACUUUCUUUGCAGUACUACCACCAUCCAUGACAACAGGAGGAGUAACAGGUCAGAAUGCAAACAUUGUAGCCAAUGCAAAUGCAGAAACCUCACUUGCAAUACCAGCAUCUUCCACAACAACAGGAAGUGUACUAAGUCAGAAUACACACAAUUCAGCAAAUGCACAUGUUGAAACAUUCUCAGUGUUACAACCAUUUUCCUGGACAACAGGAAGUGUACCAACUCAGAAUGCCUACACUCUGGCAAAUGCACAAGCUGGUACUUCUUCUGCACUACCAUCAUCUCCCUUAACUGCAAGCAGUGUAACAAGUCAGAACACACACACUUCAACAAAUGCACAUUCUGAAAUUUCCUCGCCAUUGUCACCAUCUCCCUGGACUGCAGGAAGUGUACGUAAUCAGAAAACACAGAGUUCAGCAAAGGCACAUGCUGAAACUUCCUUUACAUUACAACCACCUUCGAAUACAGGAAGUGUAGCAGGUCAUAAAACACACAGUGCAGCAAAUGCACAGUCUGAUACUUACUCUGCAACACCACAAUCUUCCUUGACUACAAGUAGUGUAACGAGUAAGAAAGCACACACUUCAACGUAUACACAUGCUGAAUCUUUGUCUGCAAUACCACCAUCACCCAUGACAACAGGAGGUGUAGUGAGUCAGACUGCACACAGUUCGGCAAAUGCACAAACUAUAACUUUCCCUGCAAUUACUAUAUCGCCUUGGACUACUGGAAGUAUACCAAACCCCAUUGCGCAAAGUGUGGCAGAUUCACAAGCUGAAAUUUUCUCUGCAGUGCCACCAUAUCCCUUGACCUCAAGUAGUGCACCAAGUCAGAAACCACACACUUCAGCAAAAUCACAUCCUGGAACUUCGUCUGCAAUACCAUCACCCAUGACAGCAAGAGGGGUAACAAGUCAGAACCCAUACAAUUCGGCAAAUGCACAUGCUGAGAUUUCCUCUGCAGUACCAACAUCUCUCUGGACUGCUGCAAGGGUACCAGGUCAGAUUGCACACAGUCUAGCAAGUGCACAUGCAGAAACAAUAUCUGCAAUACCAACAUCUUCCUCGGCUACAGGAGGUGUACUAAGUCAGAAUACACACAGCCCAGCAAAUGUACAUGCAGAAACGUUUCCUGCCUUACAACCACCCCCUGUCAAAGUAGGAAGUGUGCCAAAUACCAAUGCACAGAGUUCGGCAAAUUCAUAUGCUAAAACUUUCUCUGUAGUACCAUCAUCCCUGUGGUCUACCGGAAAAGUAUCAAGUCAGAUGGCACAUAGUUCAGCAAAUGCAUUAGCUGCAGCUUCCUCCACAUUACCACUAUCACCCAAAACCACAGGAGGUGUACCCAGUCAGAAAGCACACAGUUUGGCAAAUGCAAAUGCUGAAUCACCCUCAGCAAUUCCAAUAUCUCCCUGGACAGCAGGAGGUGUACUAAGGCAGAAUGCACACAUUUCAGCAAACGCAUAUUCUGAAACUUCUGGUGCAGCAGCUCCAUCUCUCUGGAGUACAGGAAGUUUACCAAGUCAGAAUGUGCACAGUACGGCAAAUGCACAAGCUGAAACAUCCUCCAAAAUAGCACAAUCUCCUUGGACUACAAUGGAUGUACUAAGUCAGAAUACUCACAGUUCAGCAAGUGCACAUGCUGUAAUGCCCUCUGCAUUACGACCAUUAACGAUGAUUAAAGUAGGUGUACCAAGUAAGAACGCACACAGUUCUGCAAAUGCACAUGCAGAAACAUCCUCUACCUUACAACCAUCCCCUAUGACUAUCGGUAGCAUAACCAUUCCAGAUGAACAGAGUUCAGAGAACUCACAUGCUCAAACUGCCUCUGCAAUACCACCAUCCAUCUGGACUACAGGACUUUCACCAAGUCAGACAGCACACAAUUUGGCAAAUGCACAAGCUGGAACUUACUCUACAAUUCCACUAUCCCCCUUGACUACAGGAAGUACACCGAAACAAAUCACCCAAAAUUUGGCAAAUGCAUAUACUGAAACUUCCUCUGCAAUACCACCAUCUCCAUUGACUACAAGUAGCGUACCAAGCCAGGAAGCACAGACUUCAGCAGGAGCACAUGGUGGAACUUUAUCUGCAAUACCACCAUCACCUAUGACGACAGGAGGUGUGCCAAAUCAGAAUGCACACAAUUCGGCAAAUGCGCAUGCUGUAGCUUCGCCAUCAUCUCAAAUGACUACGAAAAGUGUAUCAAGUCAGAAUAACCACAAUUUAACAAAUGCAAAGGCUGCAACUUCCUCUACCUUACCAGCAUCUCCCAUGACUUUGGAAAGUGUACCACAUCAGAAUGGACAGAGUUCGGUAAAUGCAAAUGCUGAGACUUCGUCUCCAAUAUCAUCAUCUACCUGGAAAGCUGGAAGGUUAUCAGGUGUGACUGCACACAGUUCAGCAGAUGCACAUGGCACAUAUUCCUCUGCAGUACCUCCAUCUCCCUGGACUAUAGGAAAUGUACCACACAAGAUGGCUCACGGUUCUGCAGAUGCACAUGCAGCAACUCCCUCAGCAAAACCACAAUAUUCGUCGACUACAGGAAAUAAACCAAGUGAGAAUACACACAGCUCAGCAAAUACAAAUGCUGAAACUUCCUCUGCCUUACAGCAAACUACCAUGAAUAUAAAAAAUCCAACAAAUCACAAUGCAAAGAGUUCCACUAAUGCACAUUCUGAAACUUCCUCUGCAGAACCAACAUCGCCCUGGACUACAGGAGAUGUACCAAGUCACAACGCACACAUAACAGAAAAUGCACAAGCUGGAAGAACUUCUACAGUAGCACCACCUUCCUUGACUACAGGGAGUGAACCAACUACAAACACACACAGUUCAGCUAAAGCACAAGCUGAAAUUUCCCCUGCUUUACAAUCAUUGCCUUUGACUAUUGGAAGUGUACCAAUUGAGAACACAGCAAGUUUGGCAAAUGUGCAGGCUGAAACUUCCUCUGCAAUAUCACCAUCAUCGAUAAAUGCUGGAGAAAUACCAAGUAAGAAAGUAUACAGUUCAGCCAAUGUACGUGCUGAAACUUCCUCUGCAGUACCACCAUCACACUGGACUACAGGAAGUGUACUAAGUCAGAAGGCACACAGUUUAGCAAAUACAAAUUCCGAAACGACUGCUGCAAUAGCAGCAUCUACCUGGACUACAGUUAGUGUACCAAUUCAGAAUGCACAAAGUAUGGCAAAUGCACAUGCCGGAACAGCAUCAGCAAUACCAUCAUCAACCAUGGCUUCAGCUAUUGUACUAAGUAAGAAUGCAGACAGCUUGACAAACACAAAUGCUGAACGUUCGUCUGCAGUAACACCAUCUUCCACGACUGCAGGAACUGUACCAAAUUCGAUUUUACACACUUCAGCAAAUGCACAGGCUGAAACUUCCUCAUCUAUACAAUCAUCUCCAUUGACUAUAGGAAGUGUGACAAGGAAGAAUGCAGAGAGUGAGGCAAAUGCACAUGCUGAAAGUUCCUAUGAUGUACUAACAUCCCCCUGGACGACAGGAAUCGUACCAAGUCAACACGCUCAAAGUUCAGCAAAUGCACAGGCAGAACUGUAUCCCGUAAAACCAUUAACACUCUUAACUAUGGGAGAAGUACGAAGUCAAAAUUCUUACAGGUCCCCAAAUGCACAUGUUGAAGUAUCCGCGGCAAUACCACCAUCACCUAUGACUAAAGGAAAUGUACCAAGUCAAAAAGAACCCAAUUCAGCAAAAGCACAUGAUGAAACAUCAUCUGUUAAACCUUCAUUUUCCCAGAAUUCAGGUAGUUCAACUAAUACGAAAACACACAGUACGGCAAAUGCACAGGCUGAACCAUCCAUGACUAUCGGAGAAGUACCAAGUCAAAGUGCCUACAGUUCAGCCAAUGCACAUUCUGAAGCAUACUCUGCAAUAGCACACAGUUCAGUAGAAGCACAUGCUGAAUCGUCAGCAGUAAUUCCACCAUUUUCCUGGAGUACAGGCAGUGCACUUAGUGAGAAAACGAAAAGUAUGGCAAAUGCACAAACUGAAAUUUCCUCAGCAGUACCAACAUUACAAAGGACUGCAGGAAAUGUACUAAAUAAGAAGGCACACAGUACAGCAAAUUCACAUUCUGAAACAUCUGCUGCAACAGCACCAUCUACAUGGACUACCGGUACAGCACCAAGUCUGAAUACACACAGCAUUGGAAAUGUACAUUCUGGAACUGCCUCAGCAAUCCCCCCAUCAGCCAUUCUCUCAGGAGAUGUACCUAGUCAUAAUGCACACAUCUCAUCAACUGCACAUGCUGAAAGUGCUUCUGCAAUAGGACCACCUUCCUUAACUGCAGGGAAUUUACCAACUCCAAACAUACACAGUUCAGCUGAAGCACAUGCUGAAAUUUCCCCUGCAUUAAAACCAUCUCCUUUGUCUAUUGGAAGUGUACCAAGUCAGAAUACAGAGAGUCUGGCAAAUGCGCAGGCUGAAAUUUCCUCUACAAUACCACCACCAUCCAUUACUAUCGGACAAGUACCAAGUCAAAGUGCCUACAGUUCAGCCAAUGCACAGGCUGAAGCAUACUCUACAAUAGCCUCAUCACCAAUGACUACAGAAGGUAUACCAAGUCCAAAAGCACACAGUUCAGCAGAAGCACAUGCUGAAUCGUUUGCAGUAAUUCCACCACAUUUCUGGACUACAGGUAGUUCACCUAGUGAGAAAACGCACAGUAUGGCAAAUGUACAAACUGAAAUUUCCUCAGCAGUACCAACAUUACCCUGGACUACAGGAAGUGUACUAAAUGAGAAGGCACACAGUACAGCAAGUUCACAUUCUGAAACAUCUGCUGCAACAGCACUAUCUACAUGGACUACCAGUAGUGUUCACAGUCCGAAUGCACACAGCAUGGCAAAUGCACAUGCUGGAAUUGCCUCAGCAAUCCCCCCAUUAGCCAUUCUUUCAGGUGAUGUACCUAGUCAUAAUGGACACAGCUCAUCAACUGCACAUGCUGAAAGUGCUUCUGCAAUAGGACCACCUUCCUUAACUGCAGGGAAUUUACCAACUCCAAACAUACACAGUUCAGCUAAAGCACAUGCUGCAAUUUCCCCUGCUUUAAAACCAUCACCUUUGACUACUGGAAAUGUACCUAGUCUGAAAACAGAGAGCUUAGCAAAUGCACAGGCUGAAACAUCCUCUGCAAUACCAUCAUCAUCUAUGACUAUCGGAAAAGUACCAAGUCAAAGUGCCUACAGUUCAGCAGAUGCACAGGCUGAAGCAUACUCUGCAAUAGCACCAUCACCAAUGACUACAGGAGGUAUACCUAGUCCGAAAGCACACAGCUCAACAAGAGCACAUGCUGAAUCGUUGGCAGUAAUUACACCAUAUUUCUGGACUACAGGCAGUGCACCUAGUGAGAAAACGCACAUUAUGGCAAAUGCACAAACUGAAAUUUCCUCAGCAGUACCAACAUCACCCUGGACUACAGGAAGUGUACUAAAUGAGAAGACACACAGUACAGCAAAUUCACAUACUCAAACAUCUGCUGCAACUGCACCAUCAACAUGGACUACCAGUAGUCUACAAAGCCCGAAUGCACACAGCAUGGCACAUGCACAUGCUGGAAAUGCCUCAGCAAUCCCUCCAGCAUCCAUUGCUUCGGGAGAUGUACCUAGUCAUAAUGAACACAUCUCGUCAACUGCACAUGCUGAAAGUGCUUCUGCAGUGGGACCACCUUCCUUAACUAAAGGGAAUUUACAAACUCCAAACGUACACAGUUCAGCUAAAGCACAUGCUGAAAUUUCCCCUGCUUUAAAACCAUCUCCUUUGACUAUUGUAGGUGUAGCAAGUCAGAAUACAGGAAGCUUAGCAAAUGCACAGGCUGAAACUUCAUCUGCAUUACCAUUAUCAUCCACGACUAUCGGGAGGGUACCAGGUCAAGGUGCCUACAGUUCAGCCAAUGUACAUGCUGAAGCAUACCCUGCAAUAGCUCUGUCACCAAUGACUACAGAAGGUAUACCAAUUCCGAAAGCACACAGUUCAGCUGAAGCACAUGCUGAAUCGUUAGCAGUAAUUCCACCAUAUUUCUGGACUACAGGUAGUGCACCUAGUGAGAAAACAGACAUUAUGGCAAAUGUACAAACUGUAACUUCCUCAGCAGUACCAACAUUACCCUGGACUACAGGAAGUGUACUAAAUGAGAAGACACACAGUACAGCAAAUUCACAUUCUGAAACAUCUGCUGCAACUGCACCAUCUCCAUGGACUACUGGUAGUGUACAAAGUCUGAAUUCACACAGCAUGGCAAAUGCACAUGCUGGAACUGCCUCAGCAAUACCCCCAACAGCCAUUCUUUCAGGAGAUGUACCAAGUCCUAAUGCACACAGCUCAUCAAUUGCACAUGCUGAAAGUGCUUCUGCAAUAGUACCAUCUUACUUAACCAAAGGGAAUUUACCACCUCCAAACAUACACAGUUCAGCUAAAGCACAUGCCGAAAUUUCCCCUGUUUUAAAACCAUCAUCCUUGACUACUGGAAAUGUACCAAGUCAGAAAACAGAGGGCAUAGCAAAUUCACAGGCUGAAACAUCCUCUGCAAUACCAUCAUCAUCCAUGACGAUCGGAAAAGUACCAAGUCAAAGUGCCUACACUUCAGCAAAUGCUCAGGCUGAAGCAUAUUCUGCAAUAGCACCAUCAGAAAUGACUACAGGAGGUAUACCAAGUCCGAAAGCACACAGUUCAGCAGAAGCACAUGCUGAAUCGUUAGCAGUAAUUCCACCACAUUUCUGGACUACAAGUAGUGCACCUAGUGAGAAAUCGCACAGUAUGGCAAAUGCACAAACUGAAAUUUCCUCAGCAGUACCAACAUUACCCUGGACUACAGGAAGUGUACAAAAUGAGAAGGCACACAGUACAGCAAAUUCACAUUCUGAAACAUCUGCUGCAACAGCACCAUCUACAUGGACUACUGGUAGUGUACACAGUCUGAAUGCACACAGCAUGGCAAAUGCGCAUGCUGGAACUGCCUCAGCAAUCCCACCAUCAGCCAUUGUUUCAGGAGAUGUACCUAGUCAUAAUGCACACAGCUCAUCAACUGCACGAGCUGAAUCUGCUUCUGCAAUUGGACCGCCUUCCUUAACUAAAGCGAAUUUACCAGAUCAAAAUAUACAGAGUUCAGCUAAAGCACAUGCUUCAAUUUCCCCUGCUUUAAAACCAUCACCUUUGACUACUGGAAAUGUACCAAGUCAAAAAACAGAGAACUUAUCAAAUGCACAGGCUGAAACAUCCUCUGCAAUACCAUCAUCAUCCAUGACGAUCGGAAAAGUACCAAGUAAAAGUGCCUACAGUUCAGCCAAUGCACAGGCUGAAGCAUACUCUGCAAUAGCACCAUCACCAAUGACUACAGGUGGUAUACCAAGUCCGAAAGCACACAGUUCAGCUGAAGCACAUGCUGAAUCGUUAGCAGUAAUUCCACCAUAUUUCUGGACUACAGGUAGUGCACCUAGUGAGAAAACGCACAUUAUGGCAAAUGUACAAACUGUAACUUCCUCAGCAGUACCAACAUUACCCUGGACUACAGGAAGUGUACUAAAUGAGAAGACACACAGUACAGCAAAUUCACAUUCUGAAACAUCUGCUGCAACUGCACCAUCUCCCUGGACUACUGGUAGCGUACACAGUCCGAAUGAACACAGCAUGGCAAAUGCACAUGCUGGAAUUGCCUCAGCAAACCCCCCAUUAGCCAUUCAUUCAGGUGAUGUACCUAGUCAUAAUUCACACAGCUCAUCAACUGCACAUGCUGAAAGUGCUUCUGCAAUAGGACCACCUUCCUUAACUGCAGGGAAUUUACCAACUCCAAACGUACAGAGUUCAGCUAAAGGACAUGCUGAUAUUUCCCCUGCUUUAAAACCAUCACCUUUGACUACUGGAAAUGUACCAAGUCAGAAAACAGAGAACCUAGCAAAUGCACAGGCUGAAACAUCCUCUGCAAUACCAUCAUCAUCCAUGACUAUCGGAAAAGUACCAAGUCAAAGUGCCUUCAGUUCAGCCAAUGCACAGGCUGAAGCAUACUCUGCAAUAGCACCAUCACCAAUGACUACAGGUGGUAUACCAAGUCCGAAAGCACACAGUUCAGCUGAAGCACAUGCUGAAUCGUUAGCAGUAAUUCCACCAUAUUUCUGGACUACAGGUAGUGCACCUAGUGAGAAAACGCACAUUAUGGCAAAUGUACAAACUGUAACUUCCUCAGCAGUACCAACAUUACCCUGGACUACAGGAAGUGUACUAAAUGAGAAGACACACAGUACAGCAAAUUCACAUUCUGAAACAUCUGCUGCAACUGCACCAUCUCCAUGGACUACUGGUAGUGUACACAGUCUGAAUGCACACAGCAUGGCAAAUGCGCAUGCUGGAACUGCCUCAGCAAUCCCAUCAUCAGCCAUUCUUUCAGGAGAUGUACCAAGUCAUAAUUCACACAGCACAUCAACUGCACAUGCUGAAGGUGCUUCUGCAAUGGGACCACCUUCCUUAUCUGCAGGGAAUUUACCAACUCCAAACACACACAGUUCAGCUAAAGCACAUGCUUCAAUUUCCCCUGCUUUAAAACCAUCACCUUUGACUACUGGAAAUGUACCAAGUCAGAAAACAGAGAGCUUAGCAAAUGCACAGGCUGAAACAUCCUCUGCAAUACCAUUAUCAUCCAUGACGAUCAGAAAAGUACCAAGUCAAAGUGCCUACAGUUCAGCCAAUGCACAGGCUGAAGCAUACUCUGCAAUAGCACCAUCACCAAUGACUACAGGAGGUAUACCAAGUCCGAAAGCACACACUUCAGCAGAAGCACAUGCUGAAUCGUUAGCAGUAAUUCCACCAUAUUUCUGGACGACAGGUGGUACACCUAUUGAGAAAACGCACAGUAUGGCAAAUGCACAAACUCAAAUUUCCUCAGCAGUAUCAACAUUACCCUGGACUACAGGAAGUGUACUAAAUGAGAAGGUACACAGUACAGCAAAUUCACAUUCUGAAACAUCUGCUGCAACUGCACCAUCUCCAUGGACUACUGGUAGUGUACACAGUCUGAAUGCACACAGCAUGGCAAAUGCGCAUGCUGGAACUGCCUCAGCAAUCCCAUCAUCAGCCAUUCUUUCAGGCGAUGUACCAAGUCAUAAUUCACACGGCUCAUUAACUGCACAUGCUGAAGGUGCCUCUGCAAUGGGACCACCUUCCUUAACUGCAGGGGAUUUACCAACUCCAAACAUACACAGUUCAGCUAAAGCACAUGUUGCAACUUCCCCUGCUUUUAAACCAUCACCUUUGACUACUGGAAAUGUACCAAGUCAGAAAACAGAGAGCUUAGCAAAUGCACAGGCUGAAACAUCCUCUGCAAUACCAUCAUCAUCCAUGACGAUCAGAAAAGUACCAAGUCAAAGUGCCUACAGUUCAGCCAAUGCACAGGCUGAAGCAUACUCUGCAAUAGCACCAUCACCAAUGACUACAGGAGGUAUACCAAGUCCAAAAGCACACACUUCAGCAGAAGCACAUGCUGAAUCGUUAGCAGUAAUUCCACAAUAUUUCUGGACUACAGGUAGUGCACCUAGUGAGAAAACGCACAGUAUGGCAAAUACACAAGCUGAAAUUUCCUCAGCAGUACCAACAUUACCCUGGACUACAGGAAGUGUACUAAAUGAUAAGGCACACAGUGCAGCAAAUUCACAUUCUGAAACAUCUGCUGCAACUGCACCAUCUCCCUGGACUACUGGUAGUGUACACAGUCCGAAUGCACACAGCAUGGCAAAUGCACAUGCUGGAACUGCCUCAGCAAUCCCCUCAUCAGCCAUUCUUUCAGGAGAUGUACCAAGUCAUAAUUCACACAGCUCAUCAACUGCACAUGCUGAAGGUGCUUCUGCAGUGGGACCACCUUACUUAACUAAAUGGAAUUUGCCAACUCCAAACAUACACAGUUCAGCUAAAGCACAUGCUGAAAUUUCCACUGCUUUAAAACCAUCUCCUUUGACUACUGUCGGUGUAGCAAGUCAGAAUACAGAAAGCUUAGCAAAUGCACAGGCUGAAACUUCAUCUGCAUUACCAUCAUCAUCCAUGACUAUCGGGAGGGUACCAGGUCAAGGUGCCUACAGUUCAGCCAAUGUAGAAGCUGAAGCAUACCCUGCAAUAGCUCUAUCACCAAUGACUACAGAAGGUAUACCAAUUCCGAAAGCACACAGUUCAGCUGAAGCACAUGCUGAAUCAUUAGCAGUAAUUCCACCAUUUUUCUUGACUACAGGUGGUGCACCUAUUGAGAAAACGCACAGUAUGGCAAAUGCACAAACUCAAAUUUCCUCAGCAGUAUCAACAUUACCCUGGACUACAGGAAGUGUACUAAAUGAGAAGGCACACAGUACAGCAAAUUCACAUUCUGAAACAUCCGCUGCAACUGCAUCUCUCUGGACUACUGGUAGUGUACACAGUCCGAAUGCACACAGCAUGGCAAAUGCACAUGCUGGAACUGCCUCAGCAAUCCCUCCAUUAGCCUUUCUUUCAGGUGAUGUACCUAGUCAUAAUGCACACAGCUUAUCAACUGCACAUGCUGGAAGUGCUUCUGCAAUAGGACCACCUUCCUUAACUGCAGGGAAUUUACCAAUUCCAAACAUACACAGUUCAGAUAAAGCACAUGCUGAAAUUUCCCCUGCUUUAAAACCAUCAUCCUUGACUACUGGAAAUGUACCAAGUCAGAAAACAGAGGGCGUAGCAAAUUCACAGGCUGAAACACCCUCUGCAAUACCAUUAUCAUCCAUGACUAUCGGAAAAGUACCAAGUCAAAGUGCCUCUAGUUCAGAUAAUUCACAGGCUGAAGCAUAUUCUGCAAUAGGACCAUCACCAGUGACUACAGGAUGUAUACCUAGUCCGCAAGCACUCAGCUCAGCAGAAGCACAUGCUGAAUCGUUAGCAGUAAUUCCACCAUUUUCCUGGACUACAGGUAGUGCACCUAGUGAGAAAACGCACAGUAUGUCAACUGCACAUGCUGAAAUUUCCUCUGCAGUACCAACAUUACCCUGGACUACAGGAAGUGUACUAAGUGGGAUGGCGCACAGUACACCAAAUUCACAUUCUGAAACAUCUGCUGUAACAGCCACAUCUCCAUGGACUACCGGUAGUGAACCUAGUCUGAAUAUACACAUCAUGGAAAAUGCACAUGCUGCAACUGCGUCAGCAAUCCCACCAUCAGCCAUACUUUCAAGAGAUGUACCUAGUCAUGAUGUACACAGCUCAUCAACUGCGGACACUGAGAGCACUUCUGCAAUUGGACCACCUUAUUUAACUACAGGGAGUUUACCAAAUCCAAAUAUACACAAUUCGGCUAAAGCACAUGCUGAAAUAUCCCCUUCUUUUAAACCAUCUCCUUUGACUGCUGGAAGUGUACCAAGUCAGAAUACAGAGCGUUUGGUAAAUGCACAGGCUGAAACGUCCUAUGCAAUACCAUCAUCAUCCAUGACUAUUGGAGUAAUACCAAGCCAAAGUGCCUACAGCUCGGCAAAUGCACAUGCUGAAGCAUACUCUGCAAUAGCACGAUCACCAAUGGCUACAGGUGGUAUACCAAGUCCGAAAGCACACAGUUCAGCAGAUGCACAUGCUGAAUCUUUAGCAGUAAUUCCACCGUUUUUCUGGAGUACAGGUAGUGUACCUAACGAGAAAACGCACAGUUUUGCACUUGCACAUGUUGAAACAGUCUCCACAAUACCACCAUCAGUCUUGACUUCAGGAGGUGUACCCAAUCAGAACAUACACAGCUCACCAAAUGCACCUGCUGAAACUGCUUCUACAGUAGCACUGCCUUUCUUGAACAUAGGAAGUGUACCCUUUCCAAAUACACACAGUUUAACUAAAGCACAUGCUGAAAAUUCCCUUGCUUUACAACCAUCUCCUUUGACUAUAGGAAGUGUAUCAAAUCUGAACACAGAGAGUUUGGCAAAAGCGCAUGCUGAAACUUUCUCUGCAGUAUCGUCUCCCUGGACUACAGGAGGAAUACCAAGUAACAAUGCUCAAAGCUCAGGAAAUACGCGGGCUGAAACUUACCCUGCAGUACUACCAUCAUCCAUGACUAUGGUGGAAGUACCAAGAAAUAAUGCAUACACCCCAGCAAAUGCACAGGCUGGAACUUCCUCUUCAGUAUCACCAUCACCCUUGACCUUGGAAGAAGUACCAGCUCAGAAUGCAUACAGCUCGGCAAAUGCACAUGCUGCAACUUCCUCUGCAGUACCACCAUCACCUUGGACCACUGGAAAUGUACCAAGUCAGAAGGCACACAGCUCAGCAAGUUCUCAUUCUGAAACAUCUGCUGCUUUGGCGCCAUCUUCGUGGACUGCAAGCAUUGUACCAAUUGAGACUGGACACACUACGGCAAACGCACAUGCUGCAGCAGUCUCAGUAAUACCACUAUCAAUCAUGACUUCAGGAGGUGUACCCAGUCAGAAUACAAAGAGCACAGCAAAUCCACAUUCUGAAAGUGCUUCUACAGUAGCACCGCCUUCCUUGACUACAGGGAGUGUACCCACUCCAAAUACCCACAGUUCAGCCGAAGCACAUGUUGAAAUUUCCCCUGCUUUGCAGCCAUCUGCUUUGACUAUAGGAAGUGUACCAAAUCAGAAUACAGAGAGUUUGGCAAAUGCGCAUGCUGAAACUUUCUCUGCAAUAUCAUCACCCUGGACUACAGGAGGAAUACCAAGUAACAAUGCUCAAAGCUCAGGAAAUACGAGGGCUGAAACUUACCCUGCAGUACUACCAUCAUCCAUGACUAUGGUGGAAGUACCAAGAAAUAAUGCAUACACCCCAGCAAAUGCACAAGCUGGAACUUCCUCUUCAGUAUCACCAUCACCCUUGACCUUGGAAGAAGUACCAGCUCAGAAUGCAUACAGCUCGGCAAAUGCACAUGCUGCAACUUCCUCUGCAGUACCACCAUCACCUUGGACCACUGGAAAUGUACCAAGUCAGAAGGCACACAGCUCAGCAAGUUCUCAUUCUGAAACAUCAACUGCUUUGGCACCAUCUUCGUGGACUACAAGCAUUGUACCAAUUGAGACGGGACAUACUACGGCAAACGCACAUGCUGCAGCAGUCUCAGUAAUACCACUAUCAAUCAUGACUUCAGGAGGUGCACCCAGUCAGAAUACAAAGAGCUCAGCAAAUCCACAUUCUGAAAGUGCUUCUACAGUAGCACCGCCUUCCUUGACUACAGGAAGUGCACCCACUCCAAAUACCCACAAUUCAGCUGAAGCACAUGUUGAAAUUUCCCCUGCUUUACAACCAUCUGCUUUGACUAUAGGAAGUGUACCAAAUCAGAAUACAGAGAGUUUGGCAAAUGCGCAUGCUGAAACUUUCUCUGCAAUAUCAUCACCCUGGACUACAGGAAGAAUACCAAGUAACAAUGCUCAAAGCUCAGGAAAUACGCGGGCUGAAACUUACCCUGCAGUACUACCAUCAUCCAUGACUAUGGUGGAAGUACCAAUAAAUAAUGCAUACUCCCCAGCAAAUGCACAAGCUGGAACUACCUCUUCAGUAUCACCAUCACCCUUGACCUUGGAAGAAGUACCAGCUCAGAAUGCAUACAGCUCGGCAAAUGCACAUGCUGCAACUUCCUCUGCAGUACCACCAUCACCUUGGACUACUGGAAAUAUACCAAGUCAGAAGGCACACAGCUCAGCAAGUGCUCAUUCUGAAACAUCUGCUGCUUUGGCGCCAUCUUCGUGGACUGCAAGCAGUGUACCAAUUGAGACUGGACCCACUAUGGCAACCGCACAUGCUGCAACAGCCUCAGUAAUACCACCAUCAAUCAUGACUUCAGGAGGAGUACCCAGUCAGAACACAGAGAGCUCAGCAAAUGCACAUGAGGAAAGUGUUUCUAUAGUAGCACCACCUUCCUUGACUACAGGGAGUGUAUCCACUCCAAAUACCUACAGUUCAGCUAAAGCACAUGCAGAAAUUUCGCCUGCUUUACAACCAUCUCCUUUGACUAUAGGAAGUGUACCAAAUCAGAAUACAGAGAGUUUGGCGUAUGCGCAUGCUGAAACUUUCUCUGCAAUACCAUCAUCUCUCUGGACAACAGGAAAUAUAUCAAAUCAGAUCGUUGAAAAUACGGCAAAUGUACAUGCAGAAGCUUCCUCUGCAGUACCACCAUCUACUUGGAUUACAGGAAGUGUUCCACAUCAAAGAACACAAAGUUCCGCUGUUGCACAUGCUGCAACUUCUCCUGCAACACGACAAUCUUCGUCGAUGGCAGAAAGUGUACCAAUUAGGGAUACACAGAGUUCAGUAAAUGCACAUGCUGCAAUUUCCCUUGCACUACCGUCUUCUCCAUGGGCGACAGGAACUGUGCCAAGUCAGAAUGCACACAGUAUGGCAAAUGCAAAUGCUGAAACUUCCCUUGCAAUACCAACAUUUCCCUGGACUACAGGGACUAUACGUAGUCAGAAUGAAAAGAUUUCGGGAAUAUCAAAUGCUGAAUCUUUCUCUGGCAUACAACCAUCACACUGGACUAGAGGUAGUGUACCAAGUCAGAACACACACACUUCAGCAAAAGCACAUGUGGAAACUUCCUCUGGAAUUGCACCAUCUUCGUUGUGUACAGGAAGUGUACCAGGUCGGAACAAAGGCACCCAUGAUGAAACUUUCUCUGCAAUAGGAGUUUCUCCUUGGGCUGCAGCAAUUGUACCAAUUCAGAGCACACACAGUGUGGCAAACGCACAUGCUGUAGCUCCUUCUCCAAUACCACCAUCUCCCUGGGCAACAGGAAGUGUACCAAGUAUCAAUGCACUCAGUUCGGCAAAUGCACCUGCUGAUAGUUCCUCAGCAGCACCGCCAUCUUCCUUGAGUAAAAUUAAUGUACCAAGUCAAUUUGGACACAUCUUAUCAAAUGCACAUGCUGAAACCUCCUCUGCACUACCACCAUUUCUCUGGACUACUGAAAACGCACCAAGUCAUAAGACUCACACUUCGGCAUAUGCACAUGCUGAAACAUACUCUGCAGUGGCACCACCACCGUGGACCUCUAGAACUGAAUCAAGUCAGAAUAUAAACUCUUUAGCAAAUACACAUGCCGAAACGUCUUUUGCAGUAAUACCAUACCCCUUGACUACAGGAAGUGCACCAAGUCAGAACACACACAGUUUGGCAAAUGCACAUGCUGUAGCUCCUUCUCCAAUACCACCAUCUCCCUGGGCAACAGGAAGUGUACCAAGUAUCAAUGCACUCAGUUCGGCAAAUGCACCUGCUGAUAGUUCCUCAGCAGCACCGCCAUCUUCCUUGAGUAAAAUUAAUGUACCAAGUCAAUUUGGACACAUCUUAUCAAAUGCACAUGCUGAAACCUCCUCUGCACUACCACCAUUUCUCUGGACUACUGAAAACGCACCAAGUCAUAAGACUCACACUUCGGCAUAUGCACAUGCUGAAACAUACUCUGCAGUGGCACCACCACCGUGGACCUCUAGAACUGAAUCAAGUCAGAAUAUAAACUCUUUAGCAAAUACACAUGCCGAAACGUCUUUUGCAGUAAUACCAUACCCCUUGACUACAGGAAGUGCACCAAGUCAGAACACACACAGUUUGGCAAAUGCACAUGCUGUAGCUCCUUCUCCAAUACCACCAUCUCCCUGGGCAACAGGAAGUGUACCAAGUAUCAAUGCACUCAGUUCGGCAAAUGCACCUGCUGAUAGUUCCUCAGCAGCACCGCCAUCUUCCUUGAGUAAAAUUAAUGUACCAAGUCAAUUUGGACACAUCUUAUCAAAUGCACAUGCUGAAACCUCCUCUGCACUACCACCAUUUCUCUGGACUACUGAAAACGCACCAAGUCAUAAGACUCACACUUCGGCAUAUGCACAUGCUGAAACAUACUCUGCAGUGGCACCACCACCGUGGACCUCUAGAACUGAAUCAAGUCAGAAUAUAAACUCUUUAGCAAAUACACAUGCCGAAACGUCUUUUGCAGUAAUACCAUACCCCUUGACUACAGGAAGUGCACCAAGUCAGAACACACACAGUUUGGCAAAUGCACAUGCUGUAGCUUCCUCUGCUUUACCACCAUCUCCCUGGACUACAUUAAGUGUAUCGAUUCAAAACGCCCACAGUUUGGGAAAGGGUCAUUCUGACACGUCCUCUGCAAUAUCAUCAUCUCCCUUGACUACAGGCAGUGUACCAAGUCAGAAUGCACUUAGUGCAGUGAAUACAGAUGCUGAAGUUUCCUCUGCAUUACAACCGUUUCCCUUGAGUACAGGUAGUGUACCAAGUCAAUACAUACACAGUUUAGCAAAUGCACAUGCUGAAACAGAUACUACAAGUAGCUUCAGUUACGGUGGUUCUGGUGGAGUUACGGUUGGUGGCGCUUUAUCACAAAAGGAAGUGUCCUUCGUGCGACAUAAUUUUGGUAUUAUAAACAAAUUACUAAGGUUAUUUUCUCAACAGUGUCCCAUAGCUUUAAAUUCUUUGAAGGAAGUUAGCCUAUAG